CUUAUAGACAAACCUUUAUCUUAGAUUCUGCAGCGAUUCACAAACCAGCCAACUGAAGUUAUUUCCAGAGUAUCGGUAGAUGCAGAUCUCAGAUACAGUGUGUAGAGGCGUGGACUUACAACAGGAGGUCUUCUUGAAAAAACUCAUGCUCUGAUUCCGUUUUUUAUCUGUUGAGAAGACUAGAACAUUCACAGAGAGAAGGGACCGUAUGUACUGCUGUCCAGAAAAUAAUGAAUACUACCACUUGUCCUGAUGUCAGCUUUGACUUUACAGGCAGAUUCCUGCUUCCUGUUUACAUCUUAGUGUUCAUCAUUGGUCUGGUGGCUAAUGGAUGGGGACUGAAGUCUCUGCAGCACAACUGGAAGAAGCUGGGUAACGUCAACGUGUUUGUUCUCAACCUUGGACUUACGGAUAUUUUGUACCUGCUCACACUCCCAUUUUUGGUGGUGUACUACUUCAUGGAGAGUAAAUGGAUCUUUGGAGAAACUUUCUGCAAGAUAACAAGAUUCUGCUUCAAUGUGAAUCUAUACGGCAGCAUUGGAUUCCUGACUUGUAUAAGCGUGUACAGAUACCUGGCCAUUGUUCAUCCAAUGAGAGCGAUGGGAAGAAUAACUGUCACCUGUUCUGUGAUGAUCUCGGUCACAGUCUGGCUGUUGGUGAGUGUUCAAAGUCUUCCAGACAUGUUCUUCACCAAAACAUAUAUAAACAACACUGAAAAAUGCUUCGAUACCACGGAUAACGACCACGUUGGGGAUUAUCUGAAAUACACUCUUGGAUGGACCCUCACUGGGUUUUGUAUCCCGUUACUCAUCACACUGGGCUGCUACGGACAUGUGAUUGUUGUUCUCUGCAGCACAAAUACUAUUGACAAGGUACUGAAACAGAGAAGUUUAAAGUUGAUGUUCAUCUUGAUUCUUCUCUUUUCUGUCUGUUACAUCCCCUAUCAUGUAUUCAGAAACCUCGACCUCUUGGCAAGAGUUCUUACCAAACAGGGGAUAUGCUAUAAAUGGUAUAACGGAGUCUACAUUGCUCGUCAGAUAAGUCGUGCUCUUGUGUGUCUGAACAGUGCUCUCAACCCUCUGGUUUACCUCCAUGCACAUGAAGACAUUCGUGCUCAGCUCAGACGACUGAUCCAGCAAGCUUGUCAGGCUGUCAUGCGGCCGUCUGUCCCCCCUACUCAAUUUUCCCUGGUGCGAAAUGUCUGACAUGAGAAUGAAACUGAGCAAUUGCACUUCAUCAUCUUCCAUUCUAAUGCUGUCAAGGUUUUAUGUAUGUCAUCAUCAUUUUGCUGUAAACCUGCUCC